UCAUACCCAACGGAAUCAGUGGUUUAUGUACGUACACACUCGAAGCGGGGAGAAAGUUGCUGGACAUGUUUUCCUGAAAGUGUGUUAUUAUUUCACCGUGUGCAACAUUGUAGCCACUGUAUUUACAUGGAUUUGUGGUUGAACAACAAAUAUCCCAAAUCCCGUGUUUGAAUGGUUUCGAUGCAAGUUGUUUACUCUAUGGCCUGAAGAAAAGUUGUCGAACUCGAAGUAUAUGUUAUCUGUUGCGCACGAUCCCGUAGUGGAGCUGCAUGCAUUCGACUUUGGCCCAAAGGAAAUUGGCUCCGUAGAACUCGCUGUCAUAUACAUAAAAUGAUAUUGAAACAGGCCCCACACAUGAAUGAGGGAUAUCUGGGGAUCCAGGGCUGCCGUGACCCUUAACAGCAGCAAACUUCUUCAGAUCUGACUUGAGGGAGGAGGUGUGUGUUCUCCGCCCUCUACUCUUUCCUGUAGGACUUAUGUUUCCUCCCGAGUCCCUCUGUUCUCACCGUUAAACAAAGCAGGACACAACGGUCCCAGACCGAGGCAGUGUAGGCAGAAACACUUGGCCUCGUCCUUGUUUUUUGCCUUGACUGGGGAUAUAUAUAAAGGAUAUAUAUAUAAAGGACCUCAACUUUUUUACCUGCUGUUUUAUUUAUUUUUUUAGCUUGAUGAUUAUAGUAUGAGUCAUCCUCCCCAGCAAAAAGUGAUCCCUGAUAAGAGUGGGGGCAAACAUCGGGCUGCAGCUGCCAUGAAGGAGCCCACAGUGCAGCAUGCGGGGGAUGUCUUCUAUGGCGGUAUGGGCCCCCCGGCUCUGGAGUCUGCUCACAGGGUAGGGGAGCCUGGAGGCCAUGGCUCUGGGGUCUUCAACCCAGAGAAGGGGCCCCAAAGUCGUGCACACUAUCAGCAGACUGCCUCUGUCAAAUGGAUGCACCAGGACCACAUCCAAGCUGCUGGCUGGUCUCAGGAUGCUUCCGGGCCCCUGCCAACCAAUUCAUGGGGGCAGAACUUUAGCCCGUAUAUGGACGGCUUGAACAACGUUAGGGUCCAGAUGGCCUUCCCCAAAGGGAGCCACGAUGAAGGAGCUGCUCUGCAGAUGGGGCCAGCAGAGAAACAGGCUCCAGGUUCCAUGGAGGUUUACAGGGAGGCAACCCAAGCUCAAGCCCAGGCUAGGGGCUUAGAGUGGGGGCAGCAAGCUGCGGCAGCCGCCAUGCGUCAAGCCCAGCUCCAGGCCUUCCAGCAGGGCCAUAAGGGUGUAGAUCUCCAGGCUCAGCCCCCCCAUGCCCCCUCCUCUCACCCCACCAUGCAACCAGGGUCCUUGAUGCAGCCCAUCCAGCUAGCGUUCGGACCCACCAAACAGCACCUUCCAUCUGGGUACUACCCAGUGUUCCAGGGGGGCACCAAGGCCAUGCCCAACCUGAGCUACAACGAGCAGCCAAAAACCCAACAACAACACCAACUGAUGCAGCUUCAGAUGCAACAGCAGCAACAACAACAGCAGAAGCAGCAGCAACAGUUACAUCAGCAGCAUCAUCAACAACAACAACAGCACCAGUUGCAGCAACAGCUCCAGCACCAAAUGCAACAGCAUCAGAUCCAACUGCAGCUGAAUCAGCAGUAUCACAAGCAGCAAAUACAACAGGAGCAACGGCAACAAAUGCACCAGCAGCAGCUUCAACCGCCACACAGUUUACCACCGCAGGAAAUACUGCAGCCGCAGUCUCAGCAAAAGCAGCAGCCAAACCAACACUUCCUGAGUUAUAACCAGCCCCCUGACAACUGUCCGUCUAGAGCUAGCCCCUCAACCCCUCAGAAGGACAUGCCUCUGUCUGUGGAGACUCAGGGACAGGGACAUACACCGGAUGUAGAGACCCCGUCCGCUGACCCAUCAAGCACAUCCUCCGACCCCUGCCCCCCAAAACUCACAUCGGACCCCAUGUCACCCUCAGACGCAUCUCCGGCUGCCCCCCGUCGCUCCCGCCGCCUCUCCAGAGAUGGGCUAUCACCACUCGUGGACCCUCCCUCACUAUCCCCCUGGAACCAGGCCUUCAGAGAGGUACCCCAGAAUGGUGUGGUAGCCAGACGAGAAGGGGGGGAGAGACAGGGGCCGACUGGGGGGGUUAUCCAGAGUACGCGCCGGAGGAGGAGGGCGUCGAAAGAGAUCAACUUGGAGACUCUGGCCCAGAAGGCUUCCGAGAGGGAAUCACUGCCCUCCUCCAAGAUGGCCAAGGGCUCUUCCUCCCCAGCCAUUCAGCUGAGCCAGGGAGGGGCUGUGGCCUGGAGCCGCUCCAGACUCUCCCUCCCCAGUCAUUCAGCUGAGCCAGGGAGGGGCUGUGGCCUGGAGCCUGGAGCCGCUCAGGACUCUCCCUCCCCAGCCAUUCAGCUGAGCCUGGGAGGGGCUGUGGCCUGGACAGCAGGGGAGGUUCCUAUGGGCAGACAAGCUGGUAUGGUGCCCCUGGUUAUCCCCGUGUCUGUGCCAGUGCGCCAGGGUCAGACAGGCUCUCCGGGCCAGCACGCCCUGCUCCCACCCCAGCCCCAACACAAGCCCUCAGUCAUUGUAGCGAGCCGCCGCUCACUGAGGAAGUCCCUCUCGGAGAGCUUCAGCCAGGACGGGGAGGGCGAUGCUGGUCAGGACGACGAUGGGAAAUUGGCCAAGCACAAAUGGCGGCCUCGUCCCGAGCCCCUCUUCAUCCCGCCACCCAAACCGGCUACGUUCAUCGCCCCCUCAGUCUACUCCGCCAUCACUCCCUACCAGAGCCACCUGCGGUCGCCCAUCCGCCUGCCCGACCACCACUUCACCCUGCCGCCCUACACCCCGCCACCCAUCCUGUCUCCGGUGCGCGAGGGCUCUGGUCUCUACUUCUCCACCUUCCUGUCUUCCAUCGCCGCCAGCAACCAGACCCUGCAGCCGCCACCCAACACGCCCAAGUCGGCCUCGCGCAGCCUUCUGCGAUCCACCAGCUCUACAGACAUCACGCCCCCAGUCCUCCCUUUGAUCACCGACGCCACACCUGUCAGCUUUGAACCGCGUAUUAACAUUGGCCUGCAGUACCAAGCGGAGGUACCAGAGCUGCAGUGUGACCGCUCACUGACCCAGUGGGACCAGCACAAGGCUGACCUGGUCUGGCUCCCCAUGAAGGCGUCCCUGCUACGCCACGCAGAGCAGGAGACCGUGGACGACCUGAUGAGCUUGGCCUGCUCCAGCGCUCUGUACGGCGGUGGCACCAAUCAGGAGCUGGCCCUCCACUGUCUGCAUGAGUGCGGGGGCAAUGUCCUUGAGACCCUGGCGUUCCUGCUGCUCAAGGAGCCCGUUUUCUCUGAUGGCCACCACCUGGCAGACUAUCACUACUCAGGAUCAGACAGUUGGACUCCCUCAGAGAAGCGCUUCUUCAAUAAAGGCAUCUCUACCUACAGGAAGGACUUCUUCAUGGUGCAGAAACUGGUGCAAACAAAGACAGUGGCCCAAUGUGUGGAGUUUUACUACAUGCAUAAGAAACAGGUGAAGAUCAGUCACAGUGGAAGCGUUACCUACGGACCUGCAGAGUUCCCAGCAGAUAGACACACCGAGGCAGUAGUGGAUGUUAAGAGCUCUCAGGGAUCAAAACCAAGUCAGGAAGAAGUUGACAGGAAGUGGGAAGGGUCAUGUGACUUGGGUCAAGAUUGCAACCAGUCCAGGGUUACUCAGACACUACAGGCUCACGACAAUACAGGAGCAGUGCUAGGGCGCAGGGACCAGGAUGCUGUACACAAGGUUGGUCCUCCCCAUCCAACCCCUCCCUCUGCAGCCAGAAAACCUCGUCCCGAGGCGGGGAAGAAGAGCCGAGCGCCCCCAAAGCCCCCCGGCGACCCAGAGGGCGUGUUCCCCUGCAAGAAGUGUAGCAGGGUGUUCUACAAGGUGAAAAGCCGCAGCGCCCACAUGAAGAGCCACGCUGAGAGGGAGAAGAAGGAAGCCGCACUCAAACUCAAAGAGGAGGAGGAGCAGCGUGCGGUUGAGGCGGAGGCACGGGCCAGGGAGGCAGCAGAGGUUAUGCGGAAUGGGAACGGGGGUGGGAAUGGAGCAGGAGAACAGGAUGAGGUCAGUGAUGAGGAUGUGCCUUCAGAGACAGAAGAUGAAAAGGACGAGGACUGGCAGUGAGAGAGGGGAGGAGGGAGGGGGGGCUUGAGAGGGAAUGAAAGACAUAUCCCACUCCCGGAAAAACAAACGAGUACAAAUAAUCUUUGUACCUGAAACAAUGAGAUUGAGGAUGGAGGUGUUCCAGGUCAUCAUUACAGAUGUGCUGCACAGACGAUCAGAUCUUACAACGCCCAGGGAGGUGUUGAGUCUUGAAGAACCACAUUUACAGAGCCUUCAGAAAGUAUUCAUACCCCUUGACUUAUUCCACAUUUGGUUGUGUUACAACCUGAAUUCAAAAUGGAUUACAUUUAUUUUUCUCACCCGUCUACACACACCCCAUAAUAACUAAGUGAAAACAUGUUUUCAAAUGUGUUGAAAAUGAAAUACAGAAAUAUCUCACUUACAUAAGUAUUUUCAAUUCUGAGUCAAUACAAGUUAGAAUCCCCUUUGGCAGUGAUUACAGCUGAGUCUUUCUGGGUGAGUCUCUUAGAGCUUUACACACCUGGAUUGUACAAUAUUUGCACAUUCUUUUAAAAAUUCUUC